AUGAAAUUUGUGGCAGACAAUGGAUCUGUGGGAUUGAUCUUGGAAGAUUUAGAAAUGGUGGUUGUUUGUGACAACACCAGCCUAACACUCAAGAAGAAAUCAAAGGAGUCAGCUGGAGUGUUCUUGGCGGACUUGGAUGCCAGGGUUGACGAGAAACCGAGGCCUCAACCAGAAGAAGACCUGGAGAAAUUCCGAGUGAGGGAUAUGGAGAAUAAGUUUACGUUCGUAAACCGAAACCAACCUCUUCACAGCUUCAAGCCUUCAAUCCUCGUCUGGUUCUGUCUUUCCGUUCCUUCGGCGUCUGGAUCUGGUUCUAUCUUCAGCAGUUCAGGGUGCGGGGUGUCGCUGGUUCUGCCGCUGGGUGCCUGGGUCUUGGGUGCCGCUGGUUCUACCGUUAGAUUUCUUUUGCGACAAGGAUUGGCCUUUCGUGAUAAUGAUGAGACAGAUGAUUCUGUUAAUCAAGGAAAUUUUUUGAAAUUUCUAAACUUUCUUGCACAACAUAAUGAAGAAAUUGAUCGUGCUUUCAAAAAUGCUCGUGGGAAUCUUAAACUAAGAGCUCCCUCAAUUCAAAAAGAUAUUGUAAGAGCUGCUGCAAGUGAAACGACAAAAGUUAUUGUUAAUGGUCUUGGGGAUGAAUUGUUUGCUGUUUUGGUUGAUGAAGCCCGUGACAUUUCUAUUAAGGAGCAAAUGUCAGUUUGUUUAAGGUAUGUGAAUAAAGAAGGGAAAGUUAGGGAGCAUUUUCUUGGUCUUGUUCAUGUUUCUAAUACUAAUGCUUUAUCUCUAAAAUUAGCAUUGGAGUCAUUAUUAGAAACAUAUAAUUUAAGUUUAUCAAGAGUACGUGGCCAAGGAUAUGAUGGUGCCAGUAAUAUGCAAGGAGAAUUUAAUGGUUUGAAAACUUUGAUAUUGAAAGAAAAUUCUUAUGCUUUUUAUGUACAUUGCUUUGCUCAACAACUUCAGUUAGCUCUUGUAACGGUUGCAAAGAAACAAGUUGAAAUUGCUUUGCUUUUUAAUUUGUUAACCAAUUUGUGCAAUGUUGUUGGAGCUUCGUGUAAACGAAGAGAUAUGCUUCGUGAUAGUCAGAUGACUAAGACCAUUGAAGCAUUACAAAGUGGAGAAAUUGCUAGUGGACGUGGUUUGAAUCAAGAAAUAGCUUUGAAAAGAGCUGGAGAUACUAGAUGGGAUUCACACUAUGGAACUAUACUUAGAUUAAUUUCUUUGUUUCCUUCCGUGGUCAAUGUUCUUGAAUAUGUUGAGGAAGAUGGAAAUAAUUCAGAACAAAGAGCUGAAGCAUGUCAUUUAUUGAAUGUCAUUCAAUCCUUUGAAUUCAUUUUCAACUUGCACUUGAUGAAAAAUAUCUUGGGAGUUACUAAUGAAUUAUCUCAAGCAUUACAAAGGAAUGAUCAAGACAUUGUAAAUGCUAUGGCAUUGGUUAAAGUGUUUAAGCAACGGUUGCAAACUAUAAGAGAUGAUGGUUGGUCUCUUUUACUUGACGAAGUCUCAUUAUUUUGUGACAAAUAUAAUAUUACUGUUCCAAAAAUGGAUGAUAUAUUUGUGUCACAAGGAAGAUCAAGACGCAAAGCUCAAAAGAUCUCAAAUUUGCAUCAUUUUCAAGUUGAGAUAUUCUAUCAAGUAGUUGAUAGACAACUUCAAGAACUCAAGAAUCGUUUUACAGAGGUGAAUACUGAAUUACUUCUUUGUAUAGCUUGUCUGAAUUCAAGACACUCAUUUCUUGCGUUUGAUAAGGAGAAGUUAAUCCAUCAACUUGAGAACUUUAUACUAGAUGUACGUUCUGAUGAUCAAUUCUCAAACUUAAAUGGGAUUGGUGCUCUUUCUCAGAAAUUGGUUGAGACUCGAAAACAUAUUGUUUAUCCGUUAGUGUUUCUUCUUUUGAAGUUAGCUUUAGUUUUGCCUGUAGCAACUGCAUCAGUUGAAAGAACUUUUUUCUGCUAUGAACAUCAUAAAGAGUCGGCUUCACAACCAUAUGGGAGAUGA